CGUGUAUCCAGCGGUUCUUGGCACUGAAGUACAGAGCCUCACCCUGCUUUCGCCUCACCCCGCCAUGAGCAAAUGCGCUGGGGUGUGCCAUUUUUGAUUUGGUUUGCUGUGGUCACCAGGACCGUAGAGCAAGAGGAGGGUCCAAAGGAGAAUGAGUCUGGAUUUGCCAAUGCCACUGACGAGAAUGUGACAGACAAUGCUAGUGACACAGGAGGUUUGGAAGCAAGGCUUGUGUGCUAUCCGAAGGAUGACAUUGCAUUCAGGAGGCCUGAUAGCUGCACCAUCAGCUCCAUCCAGCCCCAGCGAGAAUCAGGAUGGCCUGUGCACGAAGACAUUGCCGCCCUUUUCUGGAGCGAUGCUGUGACGGACUGGGUGCAGCUCAUGGCGCUGGGAUUGACAACUUUUUGGUUGGCCAACUAUUUCUUUGCAUUCUAUGUGGCACUUCGCCUUUGGGACCGAAAUCCGGAGGCUUCUCAACAUUCCAUCACUCAAGGAUCUCUUAGGCAUGCAUUGGGCCUUGCCUUGGUGGUGCUAUGGUAUUUCAGUGCCUGGGGAUCUCCGCGUCGUGGGGGCUGGUUCUAUGGGCCAUAUUGCCCAUCAGAGGAGCAACAGGAGCAAUAUCGUUUGACGUUUUCGUUUUAUUGCUUCCUCAGCACUUUUGUGGUGCAUGUGCUGGUGUGCGCAGCCGCAUCCAUGUUUCAUUCUGUCAUGGUUGCGCGUGCUUUAUAUCCCCAGAACAUCAAAGUCGUCACUGAAAAGAAGGUGCCAGGCUUCCUGCAGUCUAUUCUCGACGCAUGUCCUCAAAGCAUCAGCCUUCACGGAGAGGAGCCAGACGUCGGCUUCAUGUGGCAGAACGGCCGAAAGGAAGACCUCCGCUUGAAGACAUGGAAGCAGGAAUUGUGCAAAAGGCACCACAACUGUGUGACCAUUGAGAUUCACAUCAGACCUGCCGAUCCAUUUUCCACAGGAACCAUCCAGUCUUUGGGUUACACCUUCUAUGCCAUGCCGCAGGACAUGAAACCUGUCAAAGAUGGUUCGGUUCAGGUGUAUCAGGCAGUGGUGAGACGUUCGUUGUUCUUCCAGCACCAUGUGGUCUCCGGCCUUUUCGUUGAAAGAUUUGUCAGCAACUUGCUGAUGCUGGGUUUUUUGCACGAACUUCACUUUCAGCACUUCGGUGUGAACUCUGCGUGCGUGCGCCUUGAGAAGCGAGUGAGGAUGCUGCCCAACCACGAGAUUGAGAAGUUGUGCCAUGAUUGCUACACCUUGAGCAACACGCACCUAUCCAGGGUCAAGGACUUCCGGAUCCGUGCAGUGGAAGGCAUCAAACAGGCGGAGCAAGCGCUCGCCCAAGAGAACGAGGAGGCCGUGUUCAGAGCGUUUUCCCUACGGACAACCGAGAAGAGGAACUUUCUUCAAGGCUUUGCUUCCGAGGGCCAAUGGUCGAAAUGCGCCGAGGUGGCGGAGAGCGAAGAGAUCGACCCCGAGGAGGAGACACCGCUCCGGCUUGAGGAAGGCCUCGAGCCCAGCAGGUUGGGCGCUGCCGAACCUCACGCCAACCCGAAGGUUCCCGCGAAUUCGCCAGCUGCAUCAGAGCCGUCUGAGUCCUCACUGUCGGUGAAGGAUCGAUGGGCCAAAGGAAAAGGAACCAAAGAGGAUUGGGCAGGUUUGAUGCACAAAGCGAACGUCUUUGUCCUCCGAUCCUACAUCGCUUUGGCGGAGAGAGAUCCACAGAUCAGGUAUGUUGAGGAAGCCACUCGCGCUUUUAUCGAAGCUUGGGACUACGGCAGUUUAAAGGAAGAUCCCAUUGUGACCCAAUCCAUGUUGGCGAAGGUUCGAAGCCUUUUCAACCGCCACUUGCGCAAGGCGCUUGCAUGCUUGGACUUUCAAUCUGUUGAUGAUCUCCGUGCUGCUGCCGAGGGCAGCGGUGGAUCUGGCGCUCAAUUUGGGCUUUUGGACGCCAGCAUACAGAACAUGAUGGCCGCACAUUGCAAGUACUUGCUGGAAAUGGCAAUGGCCGUGGGUGAUCGCAAAGCCUUGACAAUCGCACUUGUAGAGUCCAGCCGUCUCAUGGGCGAACUGCCCGAGGAGACUCCAGAGAAACCGACUACUUCGGUCGUUGCCGAGGAGCCAGCUGCACCUUUGGGGCAGCCAGUGCAGCUGCAGAUCACUCCAGAGGAGCCAGCUGCACCCUCUGACCAACCAGCAAAAUUGGAGACCCCAGAGGAGCCAUCUAAACCCUCUGACCAACUUUUGCCGGAGACCCGGGAGGAGCCAGCUGCACCCUCUGACCAACCAGCAAAAUUGGAGACCCCAGAGGAGCUUCGAUUUGAAAUGCUGAGAGAGGACUCGUUCUGGUCAUUUUCUGGUGAGCACUCAAAGGCGCUGCACAAAUUCUACGCUUUCUCUUCGAGGUCGAUGUAUAGUGAUUCGGAUUUGGACAGAAUGCAAAUUCCUUCCGAGAUCAAGCUUACAGGAGGCGAUCCCUGGGAGCCUUUGGAGCCAUUGAAAAAGGAGAGCCGAGGUCACGAUGCGCCCCACGGGCCCCACAGCUUUUCGCAGCUUUUGCAGAUGGCUCGAUCAAUGUACAGGGAAAAACUCUUUCACGAUUCCCAGCAGCUUUUGCUGUCGGAUGCGGCUCGUGAGCUGCUGGGGGAUGCUGAGAACAACGUCUUGGGCGAGGAGGCCCCGCAUGCCACAUAUGACUGCACACACAAGCACAGGGCAGGGAGUGGCUUGUUCAAGUGCUGCGCCACAAAAUCAACACUUCGAGCUUCGCAUCGCGCAGUGCCGCCGCCCUCAUUCCUGCAGCGCGCCAGUGAUCACCAGUCGUGGAUGCAGCAGCAGUUGGCGGUGAUGCGCACCAAGCAGGUUGGCAGCCUUACUUCCCGAGCGAAGCGGGAGCUAGAGUCACCCAAGUUCAUCCGGGCGUUGCAGAGCCUGUUUGACUUGACGACACGACAGGUGAUUACCAGGGACAGGCAAGGGAAACUCCCGACCAGGCUCAAGGUGGUCAAAGCCAAGAGGUCGGUGAAUCUGGACGCUUAUCGGGCUUACUUCGCACGCCGCACGGAGAUUGAAACCUCCAUGGCACGCCAUCCACCUGGAGUCCGAUUGGAUGAUUGUCUGACGACAGGCCCCUCCGGCUGCUACCUCACGAAGGAGCUUCGGGCUCUUCAAGGCGUUUGGAUGGACGGGCAAAAAGCCCAGUGGCUCGUGGAGGGAAGCCAGGUGUUCCGUGUAGCUGCUGUUGCGGCGCAAUUUCUGGAGCCGAGCAAAGCAGAAGGAAUUUACAUGUCUGAGGAUUACUAUCACUUGAAGCCGGUGAAUUCCAGUCCAGUUGUCCAUCCGCUCGAAGGUGACUCACCACAAGUGCAGUUCUUAGUUGAAGUGAAGAAGCGAGUGAAGGACGAUGACUUUGAUGGCACAGAGGCCCCGCAGGAAAAAGCUUUUGUGAAGGACAAAUGGCACGGAUGGUUUGAUGACUCUGGUGACGCGGUGGUGUGGUACUGCGAGAAGCGGGCCGAGCAUACCCAUUGGACACGCCGUGAGACCUUGCAAGGAUUUUGGCGCGUCUUUGGCAGUUUUCUGCUGGUCCUCAGCCCGCAUGGCUUUCGAGAAGGUGCUGCGUGGCUGGAUGAGAGGAGGCUUGGGAGGUCUGCGCGACGAGGAUGUGCCUGGUUUGACCGAGAACUUCAAGUCCUACAAGAGGAAGGUCAACUUUUUGGAGAAUGGCGUGAACCUUCGUUCCUCCUGCAUGCUGUUGGUGAGCUCUAUCCGAUAUGGAUGGAGCCUCAUGGUGACAUUCAGUCAACAACCUUCAAAGGUUUCAUAGAUGAAGAAGGCAAUGAGAUGUGCCUUGAGCCAGUUGAUGAGGAGGAACGGCCUGCCUUAGCAUCUUUUCGGCCGAAGAGGACGGUCCUCAACAAUCGUGGGACCAACGUGCUGCAGCCAUUCCUGUCUAAAAUGUGGGCCUACCGCCAGUUGAUGUCUGCAGAACUCAGUGUGAAAGAGCUGAGCCUGAAGGCCAACGAGCUUUGGCUCUUUCAUGGCACCAGGGAGUCUGCAGCAGAAUGCAUCACUGAAAAUGAGUUCCAGGUCCGGAUGGCUGGGACCAAUCGAGGCACCAUGUUUGGUCCAGGAAUCUACUUGGCUGACUCUGUGACGAAGAGCGACGAGUAUACAGAUCCAGAUCCCACAGGACUUAGAACAAUGAUUUUGUGUCGAUGCACUAUGGGCCGUGCUGUUCAGCAAGAAGGGGGUGGCCGUGAAUGCAUGAAGGUCUGCCAUGCUGGAGGUUUCCAUUCGGUGAAGGGGAGGCGCGCUUACAAUGAAUACAUUGUUUAUGAUGAAAACCAAGUGUACCCGGAGUAUAUCAUUUGGUACAGGCGUGUCUAUACGAUUGAGUGAUGCAAAUGCAAAGAACAACAAUAACAUGUACAUAUGUGCACACAUUCCUUGCCUCACAUUCUGCGAAGCAGAGAAGUCAAAGGCAGAGAUUGGGAGCACAGGAGCUUCUCGGUUCUUCCA